GUAAAAACCACCGCCUAAGAAAAUCCCCAGAGAGGCAAUCUUUGCCCUUUCGAGUUUUCUCCGUUACUUCACCUUCGGCGGCUCCCCACCAAUGUCAGAUUGCAAACUCUAAAGAAAUCAUAUGAUCUGAACUUUUAUCCACCAAAUCUCCAAAUUCCCACAUCAACCUCAGAGAUAAUUACAUAAAUUUGUGCAAAAAAGAUAAAUUAAAUCCUAAAGACAUGGCAGAUGCGUACUGCUCCGACUGCAGAAAGAGCACCGAGGUCGUGUUCGACCACUCCGCCGGAGACACCGUCUGUUCCGAGUGUGGACUCGUCCUUGAGUCCCAUUCCAUCGACGAGACGUCCGAGUGGCGUACCUUCGCCAACGAGUCAGGGGAUAACGAUCCUGUCCGUGUCGGUGGCCCUACCAAUGUCCUUCUCAACGACGGCGGCUUGUCAACCGUGAUUUCCAAACCUAAUGGCGUCACCAGCGAUUUCCUGUCAUCGUCUUUGGGACGAUGGCAGAACCGAGGGUCGAAUCCGGAUCGGUCUCUAAUCAUGGCGUUUAAAACAAUCGCAACGAUGUCUGACAGGUUGGGCCUUGUUGCAACAAUUAAGGAUCGAGCUAAUGAGAUAUUCAAGAAAGUAGAAGAUCAAAAAUCGAGUAGAGGAAGAAACCAAGAUGCAAUCUUGGCUGCUUGUCUUUACAUUGCAUGUCGUCAAGAAGAUAAGCCACGAACUGUAAAGGGUAUUACAAACCUUUUGUUUUUUUUUUUUCUUAAAAAAAAAUUGGAUGCUUCAUGUGUCUCUGUGUAUAUGAAUGAGAUUUCUCUGAACAUUUGUUCAAAAUAG